GCGAGUGUGUUGAAGCGGUUUUCUGACCCUAGCGUUCAGAUCGAGCUUGUUGCUCAGUGAUAAUGGAUCUCAAAGUAGAAACCGAAGAAAUGGACACAAAUCAACCUCCACCCAUAGAAGUUUUUGCGAACAGCUCGACCCUGCACGGAAUCUCUCACAUUUUCACAUACGAGCGGUUCUGCAUCAAACGCUGCCUGUGGAUCGUGUGUUUCUUGGGGUCUUUGACCUUCUUUCUGUUUGUGUGCGUGGACCGGAUCCACUUUUACCUAGAGUACCCGCACGUCACCAAACUGGAUGAAAUCUCGACCCCGAUCAUGACGUUCCCCGCGGUCACCUUCUGCAACCUGAACGCGUUCCGCUUCAGCCGCGUGACGCAAAAUGACCUGUACCACGCGGGGGAGCUGCUGGCCCUGCUCAACCAGAGGUAUGAGAUCAGGGACAUACAUCUCGUGGAGGAGAGUGUCCUGGAGAGCCUGAAGGCCAAAGCCGAUUUCCUUCAUUUUAAGCCGCGACCCUUCAACAUGCGUGAAUUCUACGACCGCACCGGCCACGAUAUCAACGACAUGAUGCUCGCCUGCCGCUUUCAUGGCACCGAGUGCAGGGCGGAGGACUUCAAAGUGGUUUUCACUCGCUACGGGAAGUGUUACACCUUCAAUGCCGGCGGUGAUGGACGCACUCCCCUCUUCACCACCAAGGGGGGUAUGGGUAAUGGACUCGAGCUCAUGCUGGACAUCCAGCAGGAUGAAUACCUGCCUAUCUGGGGAGAAACAGAUGAGACUUCAUUUGAAGCCGGGGUCAAAGUUCAGAUCCACAGUCAGGACGAGCCGUCCUUCAUCGACCAGCUCGGGUUUGGAGUGGCGCCCGGGUUUCAGACGUUUGUGUCCUGCCAGGAACAGAGGCUGAUAUACCUCCCCCCUCCCUGGGGAGACUGUAAAGUGUCUGCGAUGGAUUCAGACUUCUUCGACAGUUACAGCAUCACAGCCUGUCGCAUCGACUGUGAGACACGAUACCUGGUGGACAACUGCAACUGCCGCAUGGUGCACAUGCCUGGCGACGCUCCCUACUGCACCCCCGAGCUGUACAAAGAAUGUGCUGACCCAGCUCUCGACUUCCUGGUGGAGAGAGACAACGACUUCUGUGUGUGUGAGACGCCGUGCAACAUGACCAGAUACAGCAAAGAGCUGUCCUUCGUCAAGAUCCCCAGCAAGGCCUCCGCUAAAUAUCUGGCAAAGAAAUACAACAAAACUGAGCAGUACAUUAAAGAGAAUAUUAUGGUUUUGGACAUCUUUUUUGAAGCCCUCAACUAUGAAACCAUUGAACAGAAGAAAGCUUAUGAAGUGGCCGGACUGUUAGGUGAUAUUGGCGGUCAGAUGGGACUUUUCAUCGGAGCAAGCAUACUCACUAUUCUGGAGAUAUUUGACUACCUUUAUGAGGUGAUAAAGUACAAGUUGUGUCGCUGCUCUGAUAAGAAGCACAAGCACAACAACAACAACAACGACCAGGGGACGGUGCUGAGCUUAGACGACGUCAAGUGUCACGUCAGUAACUUUCAUUAGGCGGAGCCCCUGCACUCUCGUCUCGGAGCGGUUUUGUUGGACUUUGUUUGUUGCAGUUUUCCAGACUGCAGGAUCAAACGGAGGGAAGUGUCUUAACUGUGCCUGGUUUGUUUAUGAAGGGGAUAAAGGCUGAAUGUGGCUGAAGAGAGGAGAAGCCACAGAGACAGCCGGACAGUAGAAAGCAGAGAUCGAACAUGUUGCAUGGUCAUCUGUAAACAGCUUCUCAAGACAUAGUAACAGAUACAGUACAUGGGGGCAUGAACUGAGCUCAUAUGUGUUCAGUGAAUCAUUAGAAAUCCCAGCUGUGUGGCGCUGUUUGUGGAUUUGAAGGACUUUUUGUGAAAUAAUAGAUGUGACCGGUUUGUUUUCUCUCACAAAAUGUUAUUAUUUCAGUUUUUAUGGGAUUUGCAUGUGAGGGCUUCACAUUCUUUUCACUUUUUACCUUCAAAUUUUCAAUUAUCGCUUUUGUUCUAGACUCUCCAACCAACUUUCCAUUUUUAUAUUCCUGUCACCCAACCUCAUCUUAUAACCGACGUAUUCCCUUGUUAAAAUCUGAGCGUUUUGCCAGUAUACUGUACUACCUCAUCUUGCAGGGUGUGACAGCGCCUUUAAGAAUUUACAAGCCAAGCUAAUUAAUAAUAAAAAAGGUUGUUUCCAUGUUUAGAAAUGAGCAGAACUGGUUGAAAAAAACAAUAAAUCUGGCCUUAAAGUAAGCCCACAUAACCAUAGCUGAGCAGCAGUCAUAGGUCUAUUUAUCAAAAGACAUUUUGUCACAUUAGGACAAAUAAAAGGUAAAAAUAAUUAAAUUAAUGAUGGGUGAUUUCCAUUAAGCUGCUUCAGUUUCAGCGUCCUGUUAUGUGCGAGUCGGCUCGCUAUCAAACUGUCAUGGCUUAAUGUGGCACUUGAACAGAACAGAGCCAUUAAUAAUAGU